CUUUAUUCGGUUGAAAUCAUAUAGAAUCUACCCGAGAAGUCCUUAAUUGAGUUGUAUAUUUUAGUUGUUUCAUAAAAUUGAGAUGACAACUGUAGCACCUCAUUGUGACCCUUGUAAGACCAAUGAUGACGAAAAAGAGGCAGUGUCGUGGUGUUCCGUUUGCCAGGAGUGUUUAUGCGAAGACUGUGACAACACCCACCGGAAGUUGGGAAUCACAAAGAACCACAAACCCCUACCCAUUGAGGAGUAUUUAAAACUGCCAGCAUCUAUCUUGACUCACGAAAUAUUCUGUUCAAAGCACAUGAAAAACAAGGCUGAGUUUUUCUGUACGACUCACGGAACAACUCACUGUCACAUAUGUUACCGUGACGUUCAUAACCAUUGCAAACAAGUCUUGAGAAUGGAUGACGCAUCACGUGGUCUCAAGUCAUCACCUGUCAUUUCAUCUGCUACCGAUAAAAUCAAAGAGGUUACGGAUUGCAUUGAUAAACUCAUUGAAAAUCGUGUGAAGAAUAUAAUUGAUUUAGAUGAAAAACGAGACAAAUUAGAAAAUGACAUAAAAAAGCUUAGACUAGACAUGGAAAAUCAUCUUGACACCAUUGAAAAUAAUCUGCUGAGUCAGCUUAACGAAGCAUACUCCUAUCAUCGGGACGCUAUCAAAUCCCAAGAAAUAGAGUUCAGCGAAACGAAAGAAAAAUUGUCAAAUAUGUUGCACGAAACAGAACAGAAGAAAGAAAUAUCACCAGAAACUCAGAUGUUUUUGCAGCUGCAGUCUGUGCACGAGAUGUUGCUGCAGACUGACCGGUAUUUACAAGGUUUAAAGGACAAGGUCAAAUUCAUCAAACUCGAUCUGAUCAUUGAGAAAAAUGCACGAAGCUUCAGUGAGUUUAUAAAGCAAAUAGGACAGAUCAAAGUAAUCGCUUCGACCAUGGAUAUCUUUAACCUUGACAGGAAGCCAGUUCGGGCUUAUACGCUUGUUUCAAGAUCAUCAAUAGAAAAGCAGAAAUCUGGUGGGGUGAGUCCGAGAGCUGGAAAGUUGAAAGUAAUGUCAACGCCCGAGAGGUCAAGAACUGUUUAUCCACCACCGCCUCCCCCACCAGCACCAAAGAAGCUCUCUGCUGAACAACAAUAUCAAAAUGAUAUCAUUAUGUCGGAAACUUCAAGUUUUGCUUUGGUGGAGGACCUACUAUGCAGUGACGAAGACGAAUUGAAUGACGUAUAAUUUGAGAAUUUAUUAACACUUAGUAUUCCCUUGUAGCAAAACCCACUAGUCAGCACUGCUGUGUUGACAAGGAAUUAUCAUUUAUAUUGUCAUAUUAAUAAAUUAACUGAUUGCAAAACA